AUGCCUGAUCCGCUCAAAUUUCAGAUCAGAAAACGGACAACAUCUUUAAGGGUACCACCGGUACCUGAAAAAGAGGUGAGAGAAGAUCACGAUGAGAAAAUGCUAGAAAGCAUGGAACGCGGGCAUGAUGAUUCAACGCCAUCCGGUAAUAGACUUGCGAUCGACGAAGGGGACCUGAAGCCAGCCAGGGCUAGUCUAACUGGACCGGACGAUUGGAACAUGUCGCCGUCACUCGGUGGUAUCUAUCUACAAGCGGAAGCCGUGGAUAGUCCUAUAGAGGAGAAACCUUCAUUACCACCAAAAGACUGGAAGACUUUGAAGAGAGAACUGGCAGAGAUGCCUAACCAGGCAGGCCAGCCAGCUGCGGACCCUCAUCCACAAUUACCUCCGAUUCAAGGACUUGGACUAGCAAUUAACAUCAUGCCGCCUCAAAAGGAUGACUCUCCAGUGAUACCUCCACCCCCAAUCCCCAUUCAUUCACCCCCCGCCACCCCCAGCUGA